AUGACCGAAAUCCGCAGAAAGCUCGUUAUCGUCGGUGACGGUGCCUGUGGCAAGACCUGCUUGCUCAUCGUCUUCUCCAAGGGCACUUUCCCCGAGAUCUACGUCCCAACCGUCUUUGAGAACUAUGUCACCGAUGUUGAGGUUGAUGGCAAGCACGUCGAGCUCGCCCUCUGGGAUACCGCUGGCCAGGAAGAUUACGAUCGUCUCCGCCCACUUUCGUACCCUGACUCCCAUGUGAUCCUUAUCUGCUUUGCGAUCGACUCGCCCGACUCGCUCGAGAACGUCCAGGAGAAGUGGUUCUCCGAGGUUCAGCAUUUUUGCGGUGGGCUCCCCAUCUUGUUGGUAGCCUGCAAGAAGGACUUGAGAUACGACCAGCGAACCAUUGAGGAUCUCAGGAGAAACAACCAGGCACCCGUCAGCCCCGAACGCGGUGCUGAGAUUGCCCGCCACAUCAAGGCUCGCGAUUACUUGGAGUGCUCGGCCAAGACUGGUGAGGGUGUCCGUGAGGUCUUUGAGAGUGCCACCCGUGCCUCUCUCUUGGCUAAGCCCAAGAGCGGUCGUAGCAAGAGCAAGAACUGCUUGGUCUUGUAA